UGCUCGGCUCCCCACACUGGCAUCCACAGUCGACUGCCGAGAAGCAAUCUACACUUACUGUUUUUGUUACUUUGCUCGACACGCCCUUUUUGCGAACGGUUGACUGGGUUGUUGGACGCUGCGCUGACACUACCCACAUACGUACAAGCGCACACAGCAAAAGGCUCGUUCCAGUCCUCGAGGAUUUCAUUCAUUCACUUCAGACAAUCCGUCGCUGUCUAAGCACCGAGCAUGGGAUUUACCUUUGUGAAAAAGACUACGGAGGGUGGGGGUGUACACGGGGGUACCCCGGGUGCCAACGAAAACGGAACACCGGCACCGGUGGGCGUCCCUCUGGACCAGACCCGACGCCGGAGUUUUCUCGGAGGUCGCAAAGGCAGCAGUACCACGAAAGGUUCCUCGCGUUGGCCGCCCUCCACGCCGUUGACACUGCCCGCCGACACACCGUCCUCCGCGAAUCAAUACCAAGAUCCUAGCCUGCUAGCCACACUCAACGUACACGAUGACGGGAAUGAACUAGGCAAUUUGGAAAUACUGACUCCCGAAGCGGCCACUUACGUUGAAAGAAUCAAGCGGCAAUUGUUUGACAAGAAAUCACCGGAUGCUUCGACUCCGUACCAGUCACCUCGGGAACCAACGCAAUCGCAGCCUCAACAGGAACUCCAACAACACUCUCUCAAGGAAUCCUAUCCCCGAUCAAUCACUGGAGCGGACGUGGCAUACACUGCCAAGCUAUCGGCCUCGCGGUACUCCGUGCCAAUGGAUCGGGACGAGGCCGAUGACGACUAUCUCGGAAGUCGUCCCGUCGUCGACGACGACAAAAUGAGUGCGGUGGAUAGACUCUUUGAUGCACCGAUGCCGGGUACGAGGAGACAUCCAUCGCCAGAAGGUCCCGUCGACGAAUCAUUGCAUCUGCCGUCACAGAUGGAUGCCGAAUAUGCGGACGAUGCCAGUGCCAACUUUCGGGACUAUGCGAUCCACGAGUCCCCGAUUCGCAAGGUAAACGAAACGAACGAAAGCAUCGAAACAAUCCAGAGCGUUCCCUUUGGGGAAUCCCCGCACAAAUCCGCUUCGCAAAAGAUUCUGGCAGCCUUGCAUUGCUCCCAAGACACCACCGCGUCCGACAAUCCGUGCGUCGCAUACACGUUAAAAAAUACGACGGAGCGGCCCAAGCGAAUUAUGGACCUCUUUUACGACCGGUUCUUCACGAAUGCCGAUCUGCGGCAGACGCCCCAACGGAUCAUGUUUGACGAAACUUUUACCCUCCAGUUUCUAGGUACCAUGAUGGGCAACGGUGUCUCGCUCAUGUACUUGCAAGCGCCCCAAACGCUGGGUAACGACACCGACGAUUGGAAGGGCAAGAGCAUCCACUUGACUUUGGCGGCGGGCACCAACGGAGGCGAUAGCUUGUCAAUUCAGCCCAAGCUCGUAUGGACCAUACCAGCGGGCGGGAAAUUGACCGAAAGCAUCGUCCACGAUGUACCUAUUUUGCAAAUCCACUCCAUUCGUACGUCCGCUUCGGGUUCGACGCAAGCCGACGCAAUCGAGGAGGACCGUAACGAUGAAAUCGAGAAUGACGAGUACGAGGAAUCCGACUCGAAUUUGUGCUUUAUUACCAUGACGACAAAAUCUGGAGAAGUGCACGUAUUUGAAGCAAAUUCCCUGGAUCAGCGGGACGAGAUUGUUACGGGAUUGAAAAACGUGAUUGCUCGGUUAACCUUUCAUUUGGUAGCGGGUGACGCGGCGGCCUCGAAUGAGCUGUACCGGGAAGUGCGACUGUCGGAGGAAUUGGGCGACCUUCCGUCGCUGGAGAACCCGAACCAAAACAUGAACCGCAUCACACACUUCUUGCUUGAUAUUGCGUAAAGCACGGAAGUCUUGGCGCCGCGCUUUCUUUCAUAUGGGCAAGACAACCAAUAUCUGGAACUUUGACUCCUAUUUGUUUUGUACCACCUGCUCGUAAUCGUAACUUGUGACUCCCUACUAAAUCUUUGUUUUACCGUAU